CGUAAUGGUAUCUUUGGUAAAUUGCAAUUAUGCCUCCUCCCCCACCGUCUAAACGGUCUACUCACCCCCCACUUCCCAACCCCAUAGUCAACUUAACUUCCUCCACCAACCCCCCCUGCUUAACUCAUACACACACAUGCACACAAAUAAUAAAAUCCCCCAUUGGUUAAUUAUAUGCCAUUUCAAUGGCGUCCUCCAAGCUCCCUCAACCCCAAGAACCAAACCCCCACACCAUUGACAUAUCUAGAGUACAAGAUGAAGACACAGAAAUCCCAUCAACGGGCAAAAACGGCGGCGGCUUUGGGAAAGCCGCCGCGCUAUAUUACCGGUUGAUAAUGAUUCGCCAAACCUUGUCCGGCUUCGAAGCCGGGUAUUUCAGAAUAAGCCUCUCCCUCUCCAGCCAGGCCUUGCUCUGGAAGACACUGGCGAGGGACACGACGUCGAUCGACGACUUUAACCACUCUUUCGGGGAGGUGGUCCGCAUGUUGCCCUCGGCCGCUUUCGUCUUCCUCUGGUCGCUGGCGCUCUUCGUGCUCGCCUCCCUCUCCCUCCUCUACGCCGCCCGUUGCCUCCUCUGCUUCGAGGUUGUCAGGGAGGAGUUCCGCCACCACGUCCACGUCAACUACCUCUUCGCCCCCUCCAUCUCCGGCCUCCUCUUGCUCCAAGCCACCCCUUUCUUCAAUCAACCCGCUCCUCCUCUUUCUACCGGGUCGACGACCCAGAAUCCGUAUUAUAUGGUGCUUUGGUACGUGUUAGUGGCGCCCAUCAUCGUGCUCGAUCUCAAGAUAUACGGCCAGUGGCUCACCAAGGGGAAGCGGUUCCUCUCCGGCAUCGCCAACCCGACGAGCCAGCUCUCGGUGGUCGGGAACUUGGUGGGCGCCACGGCGGCAGCUCGGCUGGGGUGGAGGGAGACCGCCGUGUGCAUGUUUGCCCUGGGCAUGGCCCACUACUUGGUCCUUUUCGUCACGCUCUACCAGCGGCUGCCGGGGAGCAGCUCCAUUCCGGUGAUGCUCCGGCCGGUUUUCUUCCUAUUCAUCGCCGCCCCGAGCAUGGCGAGCUUAGCGUGGGACUCCAUCUCCGGGAGCUUCGACACUCUAUCCAAGAUGUUCUUCUACCUCUCCUUGUUCCUUUUCAUGUCCCUGGUGUGUCGACCCACAUUAUUCAGGGAGUCAAUGAGAAAAUACAACGUGGUGUGGUGGGCAUAUUCAUUUCCUAUAACAGUGAUUGCCAUUGCCUCAACAAAAUAUGCACAGGAAGUGAAGAGAAGAGAGGCACACAUCCUAAUGCUCUUUCUCUCUGCACUCUCAGUGGUGGUGUCCCUUCUUCUCUUGGUCACCACUGCCCUUACUGCAAACUGUACUACAAGCUCCCCCGGUCCUACCGGGUAGGACCCAAGGAAUAUUGCACGUGAUUUUAAAAAAAAGUGAAAUUGUACGGUUAGAUAUUGAAUAUGUAAAGUAUGAA